GGAGAAAUAGCCUGCCAUACUUGCAAUGCCAAUCAAGAACCUGGAUUUUACAAGGAAAAACAGAUGAGUAGGUGCCCUGCUUGUCAUGGGAGGGGUUUAAUAGCACAUCAAGAUGGUUCUGAUACAAUAUGUACAAAAUGUAAUGGCAAGGGACUGCUACCUUGUGCAACAUGUGGCUCGCGUGGUUUAAUUAAGUGUGAGACAUGCAUGGGGCGGGGUUCAAUUCUAACACGCAGCAUUGCACUUGUCAAUUGGUAUAUCCUUCUUUUCCGGAAAGUUAGUGCUACCACCGCUGCGGCUUCAGUUCCUGACGAAGUGUUCCACAAGGCCAGGGGAGUCCAGCUUUUAAACACACAGUCAUACCAAUGCACCCCUGCCUACUUUGCAGAUUCUUAUUUCCUUAACCAAUUUUCGUCAGAAGUCAUUGCGGACAGAUCUCCUGUCCCUCCAUCUGCAAGGAUCAUUUGUGAGAGGCAUAUAAUAUCUGUUGUGCCUGUUACGCGAGUUACAAUGGUCCAUCGGAAGCAGUCCUUUAGCUUUUACAUAAUUGGAAUCAGCAAUGAGAUCUAUAUAAAGGACUAUCCUUCAAAAUUCUGUUGGGGCCUCUGCUGCUGUUUGGAAUGGUUGAAGAUGUAGUCACUCCAAGCCACCAUAAAUAAUGGGCAGCCAUUCUCCAUUGCUUCUCACUCUUGGUGGAUAAAUAAUGUUUAUGUUGUGAAUUGAGUGUUAUCUGUGUUGUUUUGAGUGAACCUGAAUCAUACAGAGCAGAGGUAGAGAUAUAAAGCCUUGUUGAUGUCUAUUUUGCAUAUAUGCAGUUAUACAUGUUAUGGUUUGGUAUAGGUCCCUGUUUGUAGCUGAGUCUGAUGUCUUAUUUAAAUGUAUCAGUUUCUUAUACAAUGUACUGCCCUUGCAAGAAAUGAAAUUUUGUGUGUUGUUCA